GCCAAACCUGCUACCAUCACGCCAACAGACCUGCAAAGAUCAGCCGUCAGAAACCACUGUAACUAAGCAUCAACCCCUAGAAGCAGCGCACACGGCGAGAAGCUGGUCAGAGCACAGGCGAUAGGGCAUAAAAGAUAAAAAGGAGCAAUGGCAGGUAUUUUAGCUUGGUUUUGGAACGAGAGGUUCUGGCUCCCGCACAACGUAACCUGGGCAGAUUUAAAAAACACCGAGGAAGCAACGUUCCCGCAAGCCGAGGACUUGUAUCUGGCGUUACCUUUGGCUUUCUGCAUCUUUAUGAUACGGUUUGUUUUCGAAAGGUUCAUUGCGAGACCGUGUGCCUUAGGCCUAAAGAUACAAGCCAACGGGCCACAGAAAGCCCAGCCCAGCGCCAUUCUGGAGAAGGUCUUCACUGCUAUCACCAAGCACCCAGAUGAGAAGAGGUUAGAGGGACUCUCCAAACAGCUGGACUGGGACGUGCGGACCAUCCAGCGCUGGUUCCGACAGCGCCGGAACCAGGAGAAGCCCAGCACCUUGACCCGGUUCUGCGAGAGCAUGUGGAGGUUUACCUUUUACCUGUACAUCUUUACAUAUGGAGUGCGAUUCCUGAAGAAGACCUCCUGGCUUUGGAACACCAGGGAAUGCUGGUACAACUACCCUUAUCAGCCCCUGACUGUGGACCUACACUACUACUACAUGGUGGAGCUCUCCUUCUACCUGUCCCUGCUGUGCUCCCAGUUCACAGACAUCAGGAGGAAGGACUUUCUGAUCAUGUUCGUGCACCACCUGGCCACGAUCUCCCUUAUCACCUUCUCCUACGUCAACAACAUGGCGCGAGUGGGGACUCUGGUCAUGUGCUUGCACGAUGCUGCCGACAUCCUGCUGGAGGCUGCAAAAAUGGCCAACUAUGCCAAGUGUCAAAGACUCUGCAACCUCAUAUUUGUGCUGUUCUCACUGGUGUUUAUCAGCUCCAGGCUUGGGGUUUAUCCCAUUUGGAUUUUGAACACUACCCUGUUUGAGAGCUGGGAGAUCGUGGGUCCUUACCCCUCCUGGUGGGUCUUCAACUUCCUGCUCCUCCUGCUCCAGCUGCUGCACUCUUUCUGGUCCUACCUGAUCCUGAAGAUCGCAUGCAGAGCCAUCUCCAGAGGAAAGGCGGGGAAAUGGAAUCCUCUGCAUGUGUCGAAAGAUGACCGGAGCGACAUCGAGUCCAGCUCCGAUGAGGACGAGGUCCCUCGCCCCACUCAGAAGCUCCACAACAGCGCCACCAAUGGGACCGGCGGUGCCAACGCAGCCAACGGGGCUAACGGCACUAACGGCGCCAACGGGACCAACGGGUACCUGGCAGGGGCCAGCUGCUCGGACGAACACUGAUCGCUCCGCUUCGAAACGCUGCGAGCAGCGAACGCAUCGCGCAGACACCAUUAGUAGAUACAUGUACAUGAGGCACGAAUAGCAUCAGCCGUUUGAUACUGGAAGCUCUCGAUAGAAUUCAGCUCUGUUUUCUGUACGAUUCCUUACCCCACCGAUCUCUCACGCAUUUCUCAUCAGCUGCUCCUCUCUUUCUCCGCCCGUCUGUCCGCGCGGAAAGAGCGUUCAGUGGAACGGCGCUGAUGUCGCGGUCUCCUUGCGCACUGGCCGGGUUCUGCACUCUGCGAAAGAAUGGGGCCGUUUCGUGUGCAUCACG